CCCUCUUUUGGACUUUGUAGGUGGAUUUGCAAGCAUAAAUCACUCAAAACUUCAACUGUGUGAAAUUAAUUAGGACUUGCAAGUACCAGGAGAUGCAAGAAACUAAAGGCCAAAGAUCUGUACAUGAAAAAAUGGGUCCACUUGGGUCAUCGCAGCGUUCAACACUAACUAUAUUAUUGUGCCUGCUAGUUCACACAGUGUGUUCAGUUAAUGCAGAGCUGGCAUUCUUAGGACAAGAACCGAAUCGAGCGAUUGUCUCUCAAGGUUUGCAAACGGGAGAAGCUGUUUACCAAUUAUUUGUCGUGGACAUGUUAUCCAAUGAAGAGACAUUAGGAAUAACGUUCUCAAGCUCACUAACUAGUUCCUACCCAUUCUUUCUCGUGCCCGGAAGCGGGCAAAUUCUUGUUACUGGCGCUCUAUCAGAGGAAGAGUACGUUUUUGUUGUCCAGGCAACAUCGUCUGGCGGUAUCACCAUAGAGACUAAUAUAACAAUCGUUGUUGUACCAUUAUCUGAUUCGGACACUACACCAAGAUUUGAACACAGUCUAUACGAAAUUGAAAUACCCGAAAAUCUUCCGGUAAUGAGUGCCUUCAAUGCAAUUCGAGCGUUUUCCUUAAUUCUAACAGAUACCAUUCAACGAUACUCCAUCGUCGCUGGCAACACGGACACCGACUUUGUCAUCAAUAAUAACAAUGGUCUACUUCGUGUCAAUCGUAACUUGGACAGAGAACGAACAAAUUUCUAUCAGCUAACUGUUCGAUAUGUUGACGACUACUCAUCCGUGGAUACAAUAGUUCGAGUCUCAAUAGGGGACAUUAACGAUGAGACGCCGCGAUUCUCUAGAUCCCUGUAUAACGUCACUAUAGCAGAAACACUACCUAUUGGAAGUAUAGCACUCACCGUCAACGCUACUGAUGAUGAUAUUGGAGCCAACGCCAUGGUGACGUAUUCGUUUGAUUUUACUGCAAGUUCGGCCUUUAGUUUGGACCCGAUUGAAGGAGUGUUAAGAACAACUGAAGCGUUGGAUUACGAGCGACAACCGAAAUAUCAGUUUAGUAUUACCGUGCAGGAUGGAGGUAGCCCUCAGCUGACGUCCGUGACAACUGUUCUCGUCAAUCUGAUAAAUAUUGAUGAUGAAUGUCCGAGAUUUGAGAAUCCUAUAUUUAUAGAGGAACUGGCAUACGAUGUCACUGACACGCCCCCUGGAGUUGGUACGGAAAUUCUUACUGUUAUGGCAACUGAUCCCGACAGAUUUAGUAGCGUUACCUACUCGAUAGUUAGCGGACACACUGAUGUAUUAGCAUUGGAUGUGGAGACAGGAGUGAUAACACUGGCCAGUACUGACAAUGACCCUAGGGGGCAGUAUACACUGAACGUGUCAGCAAGCGAUAACAGCUGCACAGAUCAAAGCUUCGUUCGAGUUGAUAUUGGAAUUGGAAAUGUUAACGUUCAUAGUCCUCAAUUUCAGACUGACUGCACUGCUAAUCUAAUGGAGAAUCCUCCACUUGGAACUGAAGUAAUCACUCUGCUAGCUACUGAUGGAGAUAUUGGUUUUAAUGGUUUAGUCACUUACUCGCUCUUAUCAGGAACGAAUCUCUUCGAAAUCGAUACUUCUGGAGUUGUGAGGACUAUUGCCUCCCCCGAGACCUACGAUAGAGAGUUACAAUCCACUCUUCAGGCCGGAGUCACAGCAAGCGAUGGCGGGGGGAGACAAGACUAUUGUCUAUUGACCGUUACCCUGGACGAUGAGAACGAUAACACACCUCGUAUACCAUUGUCUAUGUAUAGUACAAGUUUAGCCCGUGAUUCUGGAAUAGGAACAUUUGUAUUACAGAUAUCGGCAGAUGAUCCUGAUGUUGGUGAUAAUGGACGCAUCGAGUAUUCCAUUGAUUCCAGUUCAUCUUCUCUGCCUUUUCAGAUUAACAGCAUGAAUGGCGUCAUUACAACAUCUGUGACACUUCCGAGCACAACUAGACACGAAUUCACUGUAUUUGCUGCCGAUAUGGGUACUGCCGUACAGCUCACAAGUAGUACCAUGGUUACUAUCACACUUACUGAUGGAGAUGCUCUUCCAAGAUUCACUGCACUCAACUAUACAGGGACAACUUGUGAAAAUCCUGCUAUCGGCACUACUGUCUUGACUGUGAAUGCUUCGAGUACCUUGCUAAACGGGUUUAUCCAGUUUACAAUUUUAGCGGGUUCAGAUUAUCGCUCAAACUCUAGACAAACAUUUAAUAUCCGACCAGUUUCUGGUGCCUCAGGUGUGGCCAAUAUUAUCAUAGGAUCUCAAACGUUAAUCGAUUUCGAGCAAUUAUCUCCCCAUCUCAGUUUUCAAUUCUUCGUACGAGCGACCAACGCAGCUGGAAGUAGCAUCGUACCUGUGGAGAUCUUUGUCAUUGAUAUUGAUGAUAACAGUCCUGAAUUUCUCACCCCCAGUUUGUCAGUCACUAUUGUCGAGAACGAAGUGAUUGGAACUACGGUAGCACAGGUGCAAGCAAUGGACCCUGACUCAGGGACAAAUGGAGAAGUUUUGUACAGGUUUAUGAGUGGAGAAAUAUCCCCUUACUUUGAUAUAGCUACUAAUGGUCUAAUCACGUCAAAAAUAGUGUUUGAUUUUGAAUCUGCUAUGGACACUCGAGGAAAUUUACUUAUAGAAGCAUACAAUCCUAACCCAGUUGAUAAUGGUUCAAUGUGCGGAUCUUUUACUCGGUUUUCAGCAACUAUUUUUAUUGAGUGGAAUAUUCUAGAUCAAAAUGACAACCCACCGUCGUUUGAAGAAAGUUUGCUCACAGUGCAAAUACAAGAGGACGCUCAAAUUCAGAGCAAAAUUUUAAGACUAAAUGCAACGGAUAUGGAUAUCAGUGACUUUGGUGUAUUAAGUUUUUCAAUCAAUUCUGGAAAUGAUGGGACUUUUGGAAUUGAAUCAGAUUACAUCGUUUUAACUAGACGUCUGGAUUUUGAAACCACUGCAGAAUAUGAACUUGUAAUUCACGUGACUGAUGGUAUUCAUAGCAUUCAAGAUUGCCCACAAUCCCAGUGUGUUGCCAUAGUGCGUAUCUUAGUAACAGAUAUCGAUGAUGAGCCGCCUGUGUUCUCUUCCCUCGAAUAUCGUGCAAGUGUCGUUGAAAAUGCACCCACUGGUACGUCAAUCCUCGAGAUCUUAGCCACUGAUAUCGACUCCCCUUCUAUAGAAUACAAAUUAACUGGUUUAGCUGAGGGCCGUUUCACCGUCAGCCAAACAGGUGUCGUUUCAGUGGCCGGACCAAUUGACAGAGAACAAUUCCCUGGGGGCAGUCUGGUGUUUUUGGCAUUCGCAGAUGGUGGGAGUCUGGCAACAGCUGAUAUUGUGAUUGAUAUUCAAGAUGUGAAUGAUUAUGAGCCUCGGUUUUCUGGAGUGUUUAGUGGUCUGGUUGAGGAGAACUCUGAUCCGGGGGAGGAGGGCCUAGUGGUGAGUCAAGUGAGGGCUGUGGAUCUAGAUCAGGGAGAAAACGGAACGGUGCACUAUUCUAUAAUAUUUGGUGGAGAAAAUGGAUUCAGAAUCGACAAAGAGACGGGUGUUAUUACUGCACAUGCUCAGUACGAUCGAGAGGCCACUCCAAGUUUUGUACUAGUUGUUCAAGCCACAGAUAACGGUACUUCAAUACAACUAUCGUCACAGACACAAGUUGUUAUAGAGAUCGGUGAUGUCAAUGACAACAGACCACGGUUUCCAUUCUCAUACAUGUUUGCACGAGUGUUUGAGAAUUCCCCGAUUGGACAUUCCGUUUUCUUCCUACCUACAAUAGACGCUGAUAGUGCACUGAACUCUCGAGCUAUUUUUUCACUACUUGCCACAAAUCCAAUGGAAACGAAAUUUUCUCUCAAUUUAAUAACUGGAGAAGUAACAAUUGCAGGCAGUUUAGACUAUGAGAUCCCGCUACAUAGACUCUACACAUUGACUGUGUCUGUAGUGGACCCUGACUCGCCAUCUGAGUCUGAUGUUGGAACCCUUCAAAUUGUGCUACUCGAUCGAAAUGAUAACCCUCCUCAAAUUAGUGUUACCAAAUCUGAGACUGGUCUACUUCAAGAGACAUUCCCGAUAGGAAUUCAGGUUGCUAUGGUUACGGCUUCAGACCUAGACAUCGGACAAAACUCUGAAUUGAUGUUUGAGAUUUCUGAUGGAAAUACGAACGGUGAUUUUGAACUUUUAGUGGAGGAUGGAGGGGCGAUUAUCAAAUCAGCGAAUCAGUUUGACUACGAAACCACCCUCUCCUACAUGCUGACAGUAACAGUAUCGGACAUGGGAUCACCACCACUCUCUGUUUCAGAAACAAUUGAUUUCAAUAUUAUUGAUGUAAAUGAUGAACCUCCGAUUUUCACUCAAAGUGAAUACAGUAUAUCAAUUUUAGAAAAUUCAGCUCCUUCCGUCAACUUAAUUCAAGUUCAAGCAAGCGAUCGUGACACUGGAAAUGGUGGAGAAAUUGACAGAUACGAACUUAUCAGUGGGAAUGAGGGGGGGUGGUUUGCUCUCAACUCAAGCGGUGUUCUGUCAAGUCUGACCGUAUUUGACAGGGAAGAACGAGCGGAAUAUGUGCUGACUGUAGCAGCAUACGAUAGAGGUGUUGUACCCAUACAAGGGACUGCGAGGAUCGUUGUUACCAUUACUGACGUUAAUGACAACCCUUCGUUUGAUGGAGGUCAUCUCACAGUGCUUAUCAACGCUCUAAAUGGGAUGGUUACCCCCGGCAAUAUCGCUCCGUUCCACUUCAAUGACCCGGACAGUGAUGACUCAUUUUCAGGAUGUACAGUCAUCAGGCAAGAUCAGACUGGUGUUUUUACAGUGGAUAGCAGUUGUGUAAUACAUCUUCUUGUGAAUAACCCAGUCGAGGGUGACUACAACUACAUUGAAGUGAGGGGGCGGGAUGGAACACAUACUGAUGUCACAGUAUCAGCUAUAAUACGAGUACAACAUUUUAAUUUUGCCAGACUAAUUGCUGAAAACCUCAUCACACUAACUCUGAACGCUUCAGUGGAAGCUUACAUAGUCGAUCGGCUAAAUAUUUCAUUUCCCAUGGAACUUGCUCGAGCGUUACAAGUGGCAGAGAGCAACAUUCAGAUCAUAACAGUACAGCAAGGUACAAUCCAGCCAGAGAGCACAGUCGAUGUGACCUUUGUUGCUAGGGACAGCAAUGGUGCGUAUAUUACCCCUGCAGCUAUGCUUCACCAGCUGUUCGUACAAAGAGACAAUUUAGUACUCAAUGGGCAUGGAAUUUUGAGUCUACCAUUGGAUGCAUGUGCCGCUGAGCCAUGUCAGAAUCAAGCAGGAUGUCGAACGAUUCAAAAUGUAGUGAGGACAGAUCGAGUGAUAAAUACACAAGAGUUUGUUUAUUUUGCCCCAAGGAUAGACUUCAGUUACGAGUGUGUCUGUGCACCUGGGACUACCGGUCAAAACUGUGAGACUAAUGUCAAUGAUUGCUAUAGCAACCCGUGUCAGCAAGGUGGUGUGUGUACAGAUACUGUGGGUGGAUUCUCCUGUGUCUGUCCGAGUGGCUACACUGGUGAUGACUGCAGCAUUGCUCCCGACACUUGCUCAACUAAUGCCUGCCAAAAUGGUGGAACUUGCUCCAUCAUUACUGAUGACAUUUCUUGCAACUGCAACCCAGGCUACUAUGGCCCUCUCUGUCAGUAUAAUUACUUUAUCCCCUCAAGCUUUUGCAGUCAAGACAACCCUUGUUCAAACGGAGGUGAAUGCAGCGCUGGUAGGGACGGAUACUCGUGUGUAUGCUCACCUGGUUUCUCUGGAGAGGUGUGUGAGAUAGAGACUCAGAUACAAGGCGGUUGUGUUGGAAACCCGUGCUACAAUGGCUCCACCUGUGAAGAAACGUUACUAGGACCUAACUGCAUAUGCUCUGUUGGCUUCACCGGGCCCAAUUGUCGAUGGCCACUCAAUAGCUGUGAACUCGAGCCUUGCCUUAAUGGAGGUACUUGUACGACUGGUCUCUAUGAUACUCAUGUAUGCAGCUGUGCCCCAGGGUACAGUGGUGAUGACUGCAGUCUGAUCAUUGCACCGUGCUUCAACGAGCCUUGCCUGAACAGUGGUAGGUGUAUGGACAUGGACGAUGGUAGUUACAUGUGUGAGUGCAUGUCUGGAUAUUAUGGAGACGAUUGCGAGAUUUCUGUUCAACCGCUGGAUUUUUGUGCAAUGGUGGAUUGUUUGGAUAAUGGUAACUGUACCUCAGGGAGAGAUACUUUCACAUGCAGCUGUGAUGAUAGAUAUAUUGGAGUUGACUGUGCAAUUUCUACUCUCUCAGAUGACGUGUCAUGUGCUGGAAAUCCUUGUCAACAUGGCAGUGUGUGCAUGAAUGAUGCUUCUUCAGCGGAUGGCUUACGUUGUUUCUGCUCACCUGGUUUCACUGGCUCAAGAUGUGAGACCAACAUCAACGAUUGUCUCAACAGCCCUUGUAUGAAUGAAGGCACUUGUACUGACGGUAUCAAUGGCUACACCUGUACUUGUCCAUCUGGUUUGGCAGGUUACGACUGUGAAGUGCGAUGCCCUGAGGGCCUGAGUGGCACAAUCUGCCAGGUACCUAUUCUACAGUGCCUAGACAACCCUUGCCAAAAUAACGGUACUUGCAUUCAGACUGGAACUAAGUUCAACUGCAAUUGUCCAGUCACACACACAGGCAGUCGGUGUGAGAGUGAGUUACUAUGCACUGAGUCCACUUGCCUGAAUGGAGGUCGUUGCAUUGCUACACAAACUGGAGGUAUCAUGUGCGAGUGUGGGGUCGGAUUUUCUGGAGAAAAUUGUGAAUUGUUGACUGUCAGUUUCUCUGGCUCACAAACUCAGAGUAGCUAUCGAGCAUUUGCUUCUCUGGAGAUUCGAGGACACGGAAGAAUUGAGUUUGAAUUUGCCACUGUAGACAGAAACGGACUCUUAUUGUACAACACACAGCUGCAAAAUGGACGGACGGAGGAUUUUGUUGCUGUGGAGAUUGUGGGAGGUGCUCUGCAGGUAUCUGUUUCCCAUGGCAGUGGAGACUCUAGUGUACGCUUUGUUAGCAGUCCACGAGGUGUUGCCGACGGUGACUGGCAUCAGGUGGUCAUAGAAACAAACCAAAAGGUGUUCCGUGUCUUGUUGGACGAUUGCCUUCUCCUCCCCAACUCACUCCAACCCUUUGCCCCUUGUACCGCAACCAGCACCACUCCAGGUACGAGCGGCUUCCUCGAUCUGGGACUUCCCCUAUGGUUGGGGGGAAUCCCUUUCUCACCCCCCGUCAACUCAAUACAAGUCUCAAGUCAGGGGGUCACUGGAUGCAUUCGAGGGGUUAGAAUUGAUGGGAAACUAUUGGACCUUGAGGGGUAUGUGUUUGAGAGCAACUCAGCGAGGGGGUGCUCUCAUAUGGAGUCUGACGUCUGUGCUGCUGGGAGUCCGUCAGUUUGUGGGGGUGGGCAGUGCCUGUCUGUGUUCGAUGGCUACUCAUGUGAGUGUCUGCCUCGGGAGGAGGGGGACGUUUGUGAGAGAGCUGCUGUGAGUGUGGUGUAUGGAGGAGGCUCUUUUGCAGAAUACUCUCUACUCGAAUAUCAACCGCCACCUGUUACUAAGAGACAAGUGUCAGCUGGGAGCUUACGAUCAACCGUGUCUGAUGAGAUCAGCUUGUGGUUCCGGACUGAGAGGGGUAGUGGUCUGGCCCUGCUCUUGUUCAUGGGGAGUGAGGACACAGGAGAGGAACUAUAUCUCCAGCUUGAAGAUGGUGUUCUUAUCCUUCACAUCAAUCUCGGCUCUGUGGAUGAACAAUUCCUCCUGAUGGACGAGCCACUUGCCGACUCAGCAUGGCACUUUGUCGAGGUCAAAAGGUCAGCGUUGGACCUAAUAACCAGUGUUGAUAACAUCACGUCACAGCACACAUUAAAAGGAACGCAACUCUCUCUAGACGUAGCCCCAAUCAUAUACGCUGGAGGACGACCAGAUUCAGGGGGUACCAAUAUUGUGACCCCCUAUCUAGGAUGCAUGGAAGAUAUUCGCAUUGAUCGAAAUCCCCUGCCUACUGUCAGCUCUAAUAAUUUCGCGAGUGUGGUAUUCACUGGGAAUGGCAUAUCGUAUAACUGUGCCCUGGGGCUUUGUCUGCCGAAUCCGUGUGGCCGUGGAAACUGCAGUGAGAUAACUCUGACGACUGGGAGGAAUAGUUUUGAGUGCGAGUGUGAGAGUGGACACAGACUGACUGGUAGCAGCUGCCCAGGAGAACCCACCCCCUCAAUGUUCACACUCAUUAUUGUGUUUGUGACUGUAGCUGGAGGAUUGCUGCUCUGUGUCACCAUAGUAUUGAUGGGAAUGCUUAGCUACAGAUAUCGCAGAAAGUUGCAGAAAGACCGAGUGGAAGACAAUGCCAACGACAUCAGCCUGAGUAUAUUCAACAGACAGUGCAUGGGAGUGAGCAACGAGGCAGGAGGUGGGGAGAGGGACACUCAUAUCGGGAUCGAUGAGAUUUCAAGCACUCUAUUCACUAACAAGCGUGCAAUUGAAAACGAUGAAAAGCAACAGAGUGAAUCGCAAUCUUCAUCAUCGUCUGAAGAAAGUAGUAUUGCAAAGAUACCAUACUUGAGCGAGCGAGCAGCCAGCCCUACAAUCGGUGCAUUCAUCAAAGAAAAGAUCGAGGGUGUACCGAAGGAGUACCGAGACAUUGACUCUCUGUAUGAGUUUGAGGACGAAGGGGAGGACUCCAUCGCUGGCAGCCUCAGUACGAUAUGCUCCAGUCUUGCAGGGAGUGAGUACACCGUUGAGCAACUUAGAGAAGCAGGACCAGAAUUUGAGCCAUUUAUCGACUUGUUAGCAAGUGUGCUCGAGAGUGAUGAGGAGGAGGACAGUGAUGGCGGGUCACAGCAAGCACACACUGGCAACACUCAACCUACACAGGCCACAUUGUAUAGUCAGGAUCUGUGGUAGCCAAUUCAAUGACAUCGUGCUAUUUUUAUGACCGACAUUAUAUCACUUGAGUACAUUUUAUCACAUAAUAGCUUUAUAAAGAUAUUCAUUUUUUGAUAAUUUCCACGCACAACUCACAGAAGGAUAAUAAUUAUUAUGACAA